CAUCAGAAUAUAAGAAUGUCGACGAAAAAAAAGUGCAACUUUUUACAUCAACAUUGUUCAUCGAUGAUUCCUAUCAAAUAUCAUCAAAUUAUUAAUAAUGAUAAUAGAAAUUUUUUAGAUCCAUUCACUAAUCGUAAUGUGAUUCCUUAUUAUCACAAGUUUUUUAUGUUGUUGUUGUUGUUGUUUCAAAUUUUGUUGAUAAAUUUUAUCUGUACAUAUCAUAAUGUAAAUUGUUCAUCAAUAAUAGUCGCUAAUCGUAAAGAUAUUCGUAAAUUAGAUGAAUCAGCAUUCAAUAGAAAUCUAUCACAUCAUUAUCAUAAAAAAUUAUACGAUGCUCCAAUACUUAUUGAUCAACUUGAAGAUGCAAUUGCAUUAGAUUUUGAUUAUGAACAAAAUCUAUUAUUUUGGACUGAUCGUGGUUUAGAAUCAAUAAAAUAUUUAAAUCUAACUGAUCGUCAUAUAUUUGAUGUUGCUAAUACUGGUAUUGAAUCACCUGAAUCAUUAGCAUGUGAUUGGAUAACAAAAAAACUUUAUUGGCUUGAUUCGGAUAUUAAUAAUUUAGUUGUUAGUAAUUAUGAUGGUACACAACGUAAUGUUUUGGUUUGGAAAAAUAUGGAUAAUCCUCGUACAAUUGUUCUUGUUCCUAGUGAAGGUUUCAUGUUUUGGUCUGAUUGGGGACAUACACCCAAGAUUGAAAAAGUUUCAAUGGAUGGUAAUGAAUCAACUAGAAAAAUUAUCAUCAGUAAAAAUAUUUAUUGGCCAAAUGCAUUAGCUGUUGAUUAUAAAUCUAAACGAUUAUAUUUUGCCGAUGCAAAAUUUGGCUACAUUUCUUCAUGUGAUUUUGAUGGAGAAAAUCUAAAAGAAAUUGUAUCAAAUGUAUCGAAUAUAUUUGCAUUAACAAUGAAUAAUAAUAUGCUAUAUUGGACUGAAAUGCCAAAUGAUAUGCAAAAUAAUCGAUUCUAUCGAAAUGGUUUGUAUUAUUUUGAUAUGGAAACCGGCAUUGUAAAUACGCCGAAUCUGAAUCCUGAAUCACGAUUAUCUCCACUUGGCAUUACUGUAUUCAGUUCAUCUCGACAGCCAAAAUCUUUUAAUCCUUGUGAUCGAAAUAACGGUGGUUGUUCACAUUUAUGUUUAUUAUCAUCAGCUAGUCCUUCACAUUAUUCUUGUGCUUGUCCGACCGGUGUCAUAUUAAAAUCGGAUGGUCGAACAUGUCAUUCAAGUGCACAAAAAUUUUUGCUAUUAGCACGUCGAUUCGAUAUUCGUAUAAUUUCAUUGGAUACUGCCGAUUAUACACAUGUUGUAUUACCGAUACGUAACAUGAAGAAUACUAUUACUCUGGAUUAUGAUCCAGUGGAAGACAAAGUUUAUUGGACCGAUGAUGAAUUAAGAACGAUCAAAUGGGCCACUCUUAAUGGAUCACAUCAAGAAACAAUCAUAUCAACAGAAUUAAUGCACACCGAUGGCUUGGCUAUCGAUUGGAUUGCUCGUAAUAUUUACUGGACAGAUUCGGCCAUUGAUCGUAUAGAAGUUGCACGACUAGAUGGUUCUUUUCGAAAGGUUCUUAUCAAUGAAAACAUGGAUCAACCACGUGCUAUUGCAGUUCAUCCAUUCGAAGGACUGAUGUUUUGGACGGAUUGGGGCCAGACACCAAAAGUUGAACGAGCUGCUUUAGAUGGAUCAAAUCGAAUUGCCAUCGUAAAUUCAUCUCUGAUCUGGCCAAAUGGUCUUGCUAUCGAUUUUGAAUUAUCACGAAUUUAUUGGUGUGAUGCUAAACAAAAAACAAUCGAAUCGGCUCGUUUCGAUGGAUCCGAUCGAAAAACCAUAGCAUCAUUUGAUGGUUCUCAUAUGUUUGGUUUUUCCAUGAUCGAUGAAUGGAUUUAUUGGACAGACUGGACACUUCGAACAAUCGAACGAGUACAUAAAAUGACUGGCCAUGGCCAUUCUGUUAUAGUUGAAAAUUUGUCCGAUUUAAUGGGUCUUAAAGCAGUUGGACAACAAUUUACCGAUACUAAUGAUUGCAUUGCACCAUCUAAUGGUAAUUGUUCACAUUUUUGUUUUAAUCGUCCUCAUCAACAAUACGUUUGUGCUUGUUCGGAUGGAUUCGAAUUGAAUGAAGAUGGACGAACAUGUAUUAAAUCUUCUUCGUAUUUUUAUAUUCUUCGUCAUAACGAUACGACAAAAAUUUCUUUAAAAACCAAAAACAAAAUUUCAUUGCCCAUUAAUGAUAUGCAUUGGGCUUCAUCAUUCGAUAUUGACAUUGGUAGCAAUCAUAUCUAUUGGGUCGAUAAUAGAGAUCGAAUAAUAUAUCGAUCUUCAAUGAACGCAUCAAAAUCUGAAAUACUUGUUCAAACUGGACUUGGCAAUUCUAUUAAUUUGGCUCUUGAUUGGAUAAGCAAAAAUCUUUAUUGGAUAGAUGUAGAAUUUCGACGUAUAGAAGUGGCCAAAUCAAAUGGUUCUUUUCGUAGAGUUUUAUUUUAUGAUCGUUCACGACAACCAAAUUCAUUGGUUGUCGAUCCAAUCGAUAGUCAUUUAUUUUGGAGUGAUUGGUCAAACAAUGGUCGAAUAGUUUCAUCAUUUCUUGAUGGUAACAAACGAAAAAAUAUUAUUGAUUCGGUUGGAAAAGCUAUUGGAUUAACCAUUGAUUUUUAUUCAAAACGAUUAUUUUGGAUCAGUUAUGAUAAAAUCAUGUCAUCCAAUUAUAAUGGAACUAAAAAAUCAUCAAUUAAUUUAGAUCUCGCUGUACCAAUUACUAAACCUAUUAGUCUGGCUAUUGAUGAAGAUUUUGUAUAUUUUCUUAAUCCAGAUUCAAAAACAUUAGAAUUUGUUAACAAAAAUCAAGAAGAAGAAUAUCUUCGACCAAAUAUUUGGACCAAAGAUGAUCUAUUCUCAAUGGCUAAUCAAUUAUUAAUCACUGAUAUUAGUAUUCAUAAAGGAUGGAAUAUGUGUUCAGAUCAGACUAAUAAAUGUGAACAUUUAUGUUUUAUCAAAACAAAAACUUCACAAAAACAUCGACAUCAAGAUCCAUAUUGUAGUUGUGCAUCACAUUAUACUUUGGAUACACAUGAUUUUAAACGAUGUUUACCUCCCGAAAAAUUUCUUCUAUUCAGUCAAAAGAAUUUAAUCAUGAGAUUUUUAUUCGAUCCUAAAACAACAUCCGGUGAUUUUCAGGACAUUAUUUUACCCAUACAAAAUCUUAAAAAUGUUAAAACAUUAGCAUUUGAUCAAUUGGAUCAUUUUAUUUAUUGGAUCGAUGGUAAAUCAAUCAAACGUACUAGUGUAAAUGGUCUUGGUCCUAUUGAAACAUUAUUAUAUUCUCAUCAAUCUGUUCAACCAGUCGAUUUAGUUAUUGAUCCAUAUGCCAGAAUACUUUUCUGGACAUGUAACAUUACUAAUUCAAUUAAUGCAACACGUAUUAUUGGAAAACCAAUUAUGGUUGGUUCUAUUCAUCAUAAUCCACAGGAUCGACCUCGUUUAUUGGCUUAUCAUCUAAGAACAAAUACUUUAUUUUGGACAAAUCACAUUGGUUAUUCACAAAUAAGAAAAAUAUCAUUAAUUCCAUUAAUGAAAAAAACAACUGUUAUUAAAGAUCUACGAUUUGAAGUGACAGCCAUUGCUGUUGAUCAAGAAAUGGAUCUACUCAUCUGGUUUGUUUCACUAAUGAAUCAAAUCGAAUACAGCACUCUUGAAGGUUAUUCUCGUCAGGUAUUGUAUAGAGAAGAUAGCCUUUAUCCGAUCUCUAUGGCUGCUUAUGAUCGUUAUUUGUUCUGGAUUGAACGUGAUAAAAAAUCUGUAAUGAAAUUACCGUUAGAUCUUAAUGAUGGAAAUAAUAAACAAACCAUAUUCAUCAAGGACCAUCCAUUGACUGAUAUAAUAGCUGUGCCUCAAAUGUCUAAAUUUUCAUCGGAUUUAUAUUGCAGUAGAGAAAAUGGUGGAUGUUCACAUUUUUGUUUUAUUUCAAAUCAUUCGUUCGAAUGUGCCUGUCCUCAAGGUUUAAUGCUAUCGGAUGGUGAAACAGCUCGUGAUUGUGUAGAUGUUAUUGAAUGUACAAGAGGAGAAUAUCAAUGUCAUACUGGAAAAUGUAUAUCGGGAUCAUUACGUUGCAAUAAAAUUUCCGAUUGUCCCGAUUCAUCCGAUGAAAUGGAUUGUCCGAUUUGUACAACAAAUCAAACAAUUUGUUAUAAUCAUGAAGAAUUGUUUUGUCUGGAAAAAUGGCAAUUAUGUGAUGGUAUUAAUGAUUGUGUGGAUGGAUUCGAUGAAAUAUGCUGUAAUCAUGAAUAUGAAUUUCGUUGUAAUAGUAAUAAUUGUAUUACUAAUCAACAACUUUGUGAUGGAAAACGAGAUUGUUUAGAUGGUGAAGAUGAACAACCGGAUCGAUGCAAUAUUGGCCAAAAAAAUCCAUCGAAUCAAAUGCCAAUUCGUCCAUUUAGUUCUAGUUUAAUAUUUUUGAUCAUAAUUUUGGCCAUUAUCAUUUUCAUAUAUUCAUAUUAUCAAUGUCGCCGAUAUAAUAAUUCUAACCAUGAUGAUAAAGAUAUUGGAAAUGGUGUAAACGAUAUUUUAAUGACUGAACGUUAUUCAGUAUCUGGAUCUGGAACAGCUGGUCGUGGAAAUAUUAUCAACAACAACCGUAAUCCUCAUAAAAAACAUCAAAUAAAUGGAUUCGUUAAUACUAAUCUUAACGGUAAUGGUAAACUUGAUUGUAAUACAUUGACAACAACUACGACAACAAUUUCAGGUCUAGAUACAUUACAAAACGAUAUGAAAAAUGUUCUAAGCAAUUCAUCUAAUGCUAACAAUAUGACUACAAUUAAUCCAUCAUCAAUUCUAUUGACACAAACUGAAUCAUUGAUUGAACGAAAUGUUACCGGAGCAUCCAGUACAAGUUCAUCAGCAAAUAUUGCUGCCUAUGCACAAGCAAUCAAUCCACCACCUAGUCCUGCAACACAACGAUCUCAAUGUUCAACAUUAUCAUCAUCAUUGUUUGUAACUCGACCACGACCAGGUCGUAGUAAAAACAAUGGUAUGUUCGGUAAUAGUGUUAGUAAAAAUCGUAAAAAACCAGGUAAAAAUAAGAAUAAAUGGAAUAACAAAUUAUCGAAUCGUGGUCCACCGCCUACGCCAUGCAGUACAGAUGUUUAUGAAGAUAUUGAACCAUCUACAAUCAAAUAUGUUUAUUAUGAUAAUAAUCAAACGGAAAUCGAUGAAUAUGAUUAUAAACCACCACCGCCAACACCUCGUUAUUUUUCCGAUCCAAGUUGUCCACCAUCUCCGGUUACUGAACGUAGCUAUUGUAAUCCUUAUCCACCACCACCAUCACCAGUUCAAGAUUAUGAAUAAAUGGUGAUAAUUUCAUGUAAAUAAUCAAUUUUUUUUAAUCUGUAUAUUUUGUUAACUUUUUAAUUUAUUUUCCCGAAAUAAAAAAAAUUGUCUAAAUAUUCUAAGAAUA